AAUUACCUUUGGCAGUACAGAAAUCGUCCUAUAGGAGCGGUCAGCGAUGUUUUUGGCUUCUCAAGCAAACCACAACCGCAGUCCCACUUGGACAUCGUACGAGCAAAACGUAUCAUCAUUUUGUUUCCCUGGCUCACCAGAUUACUUGUGUGCAACGGCCAUCCCCAUAGCAUCUGGAUGAGUGCCGUGAUCAUGUCCCAGGGCAGAGCGCACAACAAUGGAGCAAACAAUCAGCCCAUAUCCUUCUCAAACAAGCUUCAAAUAAUAGCAAGUCUGCAUACUGGAACCGUAGUUGAGGUGCACGCACGGAAAGGGAGACACAACCUAUCAUGC